GGAAGCUUCAAAGUACCAAUUGUAGAAGGAAUCUCGUUUCAUCUUGUCAAUUUUAGGACCGUAGUUGUCCAAUUCAGCUUUGAGAAAAUUAAAUUUGGGGAGAUGGGAAGUUCCCCAUGGUGGCCAUUGGGAGUUGAAUUACUACUGGUUAAGUCAGUCUGAUUUUUAAUAAACCUGUGUGCUGAGGGACCAUCAUUUCUAAACCUAAUGCUGGCCGCAGUUCCAGUGGUGGGGGGAAGGGGGAGCCUCCUCAAAGCAUUUUGAUGACUGGGAUCCCAUUUCUUUGAGGCUUUUCAGGAACAGCCUGGUUCCAGAAGCAACAGCCGCACCGUUUCAGGAAGGGUGGCCCAAUCCCAAACAGAACUCAGACCCAAGGUCAAUGUGCUUCCAUCAGACACCGUCAGAAUCCAGACUGAAGGCCAAAUGAAUGUUCUCAGACCUGCUUAAAAAAACAAAACAAAAUAAAAAAAGAAAAGAAAGGAAAAUGCCAAGGCCUUGGUAAAUCCGGAACAGAGCCUGAAGGGCUUGAGCACAAAGCAUGGGACUCCAAAUGCAGGAGAACACUCGUCCCCAACCCCAGCGUGGGCUCCUGCCUCCGUUGAGACAAUGGCUUCCUCGGGGUCCCAGACAAAGAAAGCCGACAAUCACAGUGACCACCGCGUACAGCCCACCAACCCAAAUAUAGCAGCAAUGAAAGAGGACGUCCUCUACCAUUUCAGUCUCAGCACCAGCACACACGACUUCCCCACGAUGUUCGGAGAUGUGAAGUUCGUGUGUAUUGGGGGAAGCCCUACCCGGAUGGAGGCCUUUGCCAAAUACAUGGCCAAGGAGCUGGGCCUCGACCACCCAGGUGCAGAAUAUCCCAACAUCUGCAAGGGGACGGACCGCUAUGCCAUGUUCAAAGUGGGCCCCGUGCUGUCUGUCAGCCACGGUAUCGGCAUCCCGUCUACCUCUGUCAUGCUGCAUGAGCUCAUCAAGCUGCUGUACCAUGCCCGCUGCUCCAACGUCACCGUCAUCCGCAUUGGCACAUCUGGCGGCAUCGGUCUGAAGCCUGGCUCCGUGGUCAUCACCCAGCAGGCGGUGGACCCCUCCUUCAAGCCGGUGUUCGAGCAGAUGGUGCUGGGGAAGCCCGUGGUUCAGAGGACGCGUCUGGACGAGAAGGUGGCGCAGGAGCUCAUGCAGUGCGCUUUGGAACUGCUCACGUUCCCCACGGUCCUGGGGAACACCAUGUGCACCUCAGAUUUCUAUGAAGGGCAAGGCCGUCUGGACGGCGCUCUCUGCUCCUACACGGAGGAGGACAAGCAGAAGUACUUGAAGGAGGCCCAGGCGGCGGGCGUCUGCAACAUCGAGAUGGAGUCCUCGGUCGUGGCCGCCAUAUGUGGCGCGUGUAACAUCCCAGUGGCCGUGGUGUGUGUCACUCUGCUCGACCGCCUGGAGGGCGACCAGGUCAGCAGCCCCCACGAGGUGCUGGUCGAGUACCAGGAGCGGCCGCAGCGCCUGGUGAGCCACUUCAUCAAGAAGCGCCUGGCCGCCGCCCAGGGCCCCUGAGGCUCGGAAGGUGCAGGUCGUCGUGGCCACAGACCGUCACCGUCGAGCACCGGGCUGGCUCAGUCCUGAGAGCCGGGGACAUGGGAGAGCUGCGGGUCCCGAGUUUGAGCCCUGCAUUGGGCAUAGAUGUUACUUAAAUACAUAAACUUAAAAAGAAA